AUGGUCUGCAUCGACCACGCUUACUUCCCCCAUAUUGUGGACGCCAUCUUCGACGCAAUCGGUGAUCCCGCAACUCUGGCGGCCAUGGCUCAGAGUUGCCGAGAGUGGCGACGUCGCUGCCUUUCACUUUUCUACGCCAUCCGCGGAUACUACAUUCUGGAGGACGACCCCGUUCCCACUGUUGUUGUGUGGGAUCAGUUCGACCGAGUUCUCUACUUCGAAGGCAGGUCUCAGAUUGUUCUCCUUUCUGAAUGUCACAUGCUCGACUUCCGCUCCGAUUCGCAAAUCAACCCCGAACCAGCAUGGUUUCUUUUCAAGGUCGGGGUCAAGCGCUACGUCCGGCACGUCAGCAUUGACGUUGAGUACGAAGCUCCUCAAGUCCCUGUCCAACACAUCGCAUGUCAGAACGACGUGCCCGCUUUCGACUUUUGGAAUCCAGCAGUAAAGCUGUUGACCAUCCACUGUGCAAAGCCGGAGGCAAAGCUUCGCUGCUGGGACCGUUGGGGAGGCUGCCACGAGGAGGCUGAGCUGACUGGGCUAACCAGUCUUGAGCGAGUUGUCGUCAUCUUCGAGCACACAUUUGAGGAUCUUGUUGAGUACGAGCACGAAAGCGACUACGCCGUCUCCCCAAACUCGAGCAGCUACACCUUGAAUCCCUAUGAAAGCGACGCAUACAACCACCUCCGACAUGUCCGAAACCUUAUCGCAGCGGCUCGACAGCAAGGAGCCGAGCUCUUCCUUGUCGGUACCGAGAGCUUUUCCUCAGAUGCCGUGGCUGAUCUCCGACUUGAAGAUGGAUACUCUCUGCAGAGCUACCAGAGCGCAUUGGAUUCGGACAGGUCGAUUCAUCUUGUCACCCUCGAAUCGUACCGUAGAGGCAUCGGAGAGAAGGAGUGGGCUCUUCAAACCAACUGGCGUGACCCCCUUUUUCCUUGA